ACUUUUCUGCAUUAUAAAUUCAUUGCCACAGCGCAACACAACACAACACAAACACUGAGCUUUCUUCGUUUUCCUUUAUUAAUAGCUGCUUCACCACCUUUCCUUCUAAUCGUCCUAUCUUUGUUACAACAACAAUGGAUGUUAUAGGUUUUGGUUUCAGACCCACAGAAGAAGAACUUGUCGACUAUUACCUCAGACACAGGUUGCUCGGUGAUGAUCCACAAGUCCACGUCAUCCCCGACAUCAACCUCUGUGAAGUGGAACCUUGGGACGUACCAAUGUUAUUCGGGGAACCAGAUGGGCAAUUCGAUUUUCCAGAAUGGUUUUUCUUCAGUCCUGUUGAUUUCAAGUAUUCAAACAGUAAAAGGAUUAACAGGACAACCAAGUGUGGCUUCUGGAAACCCACUGGAAAAGAUCGUGAGAUUAGGAGCUCCCACUCCAACAUUCUCAUUGCCACAAAAAAGACUCUCGUUUACUACAAAGGCCGCGUUUCACGUGGUCAGAAGUCCAACUGGGUUAUUCAUGAAUACCAUGCUGUUACCUUUCACGAAAGCCAGAGGACUUUCGUUUUGUGUCGCUUGAUGAAAAAACCUGGGGAAACAACUGAAGGUGGAGGUGAUGAAGGGGAGAGCAGUAGAAUCAUGGUUUCUGGCUAUGAGAAUCAGUCAAUAGCAGGAGGCAUUCCUUCAAGAAGUACUCUUACUGGAAUGGAAACGACCUUACAGCAAGAUGAAACGUCUUUUCCAAACUACUCAUAUCACGAUGCCUAUUUUAGAAAUGAAUCUAACAUUGAGCAUUUUUCAUAUGAAACUACUCAGGAGAAGGAAUUCCUGAAUUCUAUUUUUGUUCACGACGAUUAUGUUAACAAUGAACAAAAUAUAAAUACCUUCUACAAUACUUUCACCCAAUCGGAGUCAUUGAGAAAAGUAUACCGUGAAAAUAGUGAUACGGAUGCUGAGGCCGUCUCCGAACAGGGUGAUAAUAUUAUGAAUAUUUCAACAGUGUUUAAUAGAUAUCUUAACUUAGAUGAAUACCAUUCAUCAAAAAAGUUUGAUUCUGAAUUAUCGGACGUGGAUGUCGAGGAAGGUGUAAGUAUGCCAUCUUCUGUCCAUGAAAGAAACCAAGAGAAAAAGAAGAAGAAAAAGAAGAGCAUAUUUUCUUUCUUCUAAUCAUUACAGAGGAAGAUUUCAAACAAUGCAGUAUUCCAUGUAGAGGCUCGGAAGGAUUUUCUCAUUGUGAAUUAGAAGAAAAAUCAGAAAAAAGGCUCAAAAUAGUUCAAGAGAGAACUUGGAGCCAUCAAUGUUCUGAUAACACUAGAAAAGGUUCUUUCCUCUAUAUGGAGACAACUUCAUGAAGCAAAAGCCUAUUUCCAUAGUUGUUAUAUCUUGUCAACGUAGUUUUAGGGGUUUUUAUGUGUGUUUGAUAACGUUAUAUGGGAAGUAUGAUCUCGUGUUACAACUUAUAAGUACAUAUAGUAUAUGUGAAGGUUGAUGGUGAGUGCUACCACAGUUCAUCAUUGUAAGAUGUGUAAACAUUUGUUGUCUUUUAUAAGUCAUUAAUUUUCUAA